AUGGCAAAAGGCAGUUGCAUGUGUGGCCAAGUCCACUAUGAAUACACCGGCGAACCAGCAGUAACAGCCCUCUGCCACUGCACCGACUGCCAAAAAUGGACCGGCGCCGCCUACACCUCCAACGUCGUCGUCCCCCGCACCAGCUUCAAAGUCACAAAGGGCUCUCCUAAGGACUACGAUGCCAAGGGCGACUCUGGCAAGAUCAACAAACACUGGUUCUGCGCCAACUGUGGUUCUUCUCUAUACACUGAGCUGGAGAUUAUGCCAGACAUGACUUGUGUGAAGAGUGGAAGUUUGGAUGGCGGUGCUGCCAAUCAUGAGAUCAAGGUUGAGUUUUACAACAAGGACAGAUUGGGCUACACCAAGCCGGUUGAGGGGGCUGAUCAGAAGUCAGCAUUCUCUUGA